CAAGCCGCGCAGUAAAAGCUGCCGCGGCCAUGGGUUGUGGCUCUUCAAGUGCGAAAUAUCAGGAGGGCCAGAAUGGCCAGAGCCAGAAGAAAACCAACUAUCGCGGAGAAGAGAACCACCAGAAGCCCAGAAGACAGUACAGUCAAGGCCUUGAAGAUGGAUGGGUUCAAGCUCAGGCAGCCGCCAAAGGCGUAGAUGACUGGGCCAAAAAUCCCAUCAUUCAGCCCCCCAGCAUCUUGAAUUGGAUUGUUGGCGACCCAACUGUGCAACGAAUCGGUGAUGAGAUUCACAUGUGGACGAAUGGAGCGUUGGCAAAUAUUCAGCAUUACGUUGCAGAUGCCAAAGACCCCACCAACUUCAAGCAGCUGAAUGAUUCCAUCCAGGGCUUCGGAACAGUUCGACCAUAUGCUUAUUUAGACGAAGCAAACAACAAGGUCAUACUGUUCUAUGAGAAGUACGAAUUUCCCUACAUCUUUGCAAGCAAGAUGAUGGCUGCGGAAGCAGAAAUCGGAAAGUGGGAGUUUACCAACUACACCAAGAUUUUGGAAUCCGAGCUGACCUGGGAGAAAUUUGGUGAGAAGCGGGUGGGGAAUCCCUUCGUCUUCUACAACAAGGUGAAAGGAAAGUACUGGCUUUACUACUCUGCGAGCAUGAUCAAAUUGACCGAUGCCGAUGUGGAUGAGCCCAUGAAUUUGGGUUUGGCAGAGGCUGACAAUGUGAUGGGUCCAUAUACUCGUGUGGUCACUGAGCCUCUAGAAAUCCCUUCUGGAUUCCCAGGACUCUUCAUCAAGGGUCAUGGUUCGCUGAAAAUGGUGAAAUCGCCUGAAGCGGACCUGACUUGUGACGGCGUGGGUGUGGCUGUAUGCAACAGGCUGACCUUCAACCCAGCGACAAAUCAGACGGGCAGCACUUUGUCCAUGUUGCGAACCACUGAUGGUGGCCUCAGCUGGCAACCCGUCGUCACAGAAUUCAUUGGUCCCACUUUGCAGGAGGGCAGUUGGAAGGAGGCCUUCGUUUAUGGCUUCGAUACCUUGAUGGAUCCCAACGAUGCAUCCUCCAUGUUGAUCUACUACAACGCCAGAAAUGGUUGGAAGGACGCUACCGAGCAGGUGGGUGUUUCCAGAUUUCCACUGGACAUGGUGCUAAAGGCACGUGAGGCUUGCUGACCAAAGCCUGGAUCCGGUAACUGGAAACAGCAGAUUUCCAUCGGUGUCCAUUGAAUUUCCAAGGCUGGACCACAGGAUACCACAGGAUUUCGCAUGAUUUCGCUGUAUCCUGGGUGCUUCCCAG